CGCGGGAGGACUCGGAAACCAGGAGUGCUCCGCUUCCUUUAACCCUCGUCCCGUUGCCCGAAAGGACGCGGGAUCCUCAGCCAGAGGGCGCGGGAUGGCGCUGAUCGGGACGGCGGCGGUUUGGGGGGCGGCGAGGGGAAGGGGCGGCGCGGCGCUGCUUCAGAUCCGCCGCAGAGCUCACGCCAGGGCGGCUGAAGAAGCGCCGGCGGCGGAGGCGCCCCCGCGCCUGAAGAGGUUCGCCGUGUACCGGUGGAGCCCGGACAACCUCGGGGAGAAGCCCCGCAUGCAGACCUACGAGAUAGACCUCAACAAAUGUGGCCCGAUGGUUCUCGACGCCUUGAUCAAGAUCAAGAAUGAAAUGGAUUCCACCCUGACUUUUCGCAGGUCCUGCCGAGAAGGCAUUUGUGGCUCAUGUGCCAUGAACAUAAAUGGAGGGAACACUCUGGCUUGUACCAAGAGGAUCGACACCAAUCUCAGCAAAGUCACCAAGAUCUAUCCUCUCCCUCACAUGUAUGUGGUGAAAGAUCUCGUGCCUGACCUGAGCAACUUCUACGCCCAAUACAAAGCUAUUCAGCCAUACCUGAAGAAGAAGGACGAGUCAAACCAGGGCAAAGAACAGUAUUUCCAGUCCAUAGAAGAUCGGGAUAAGCUGGACGGGCUCUACGAGUGCAUCCUCUGCGCCUGCUGCAGCACCAGUUGCCCCAGUUACUGGUGGAACGCGGACAAGUACCUGGGCCCAGCCGUGCUCAUGCAGGCCUAUCGGUGGAUGAUUGACUCCCGGGACGAUUACACGGAGGAGCGCCUGGCCCAGCUGCAAGACCCUUUCUCCCUCUACCGCUGCCACACCAUCAUGAACUGCACGCAGACUUGCCCCAAGGGCCUGAAUCCCGGGAAGGCAAUUGCCGAAAUCAAGAAGAUGAUGGCCACGUAUAAAGAGAAGGUGGCCCACGGCUAGCGGCUUCCCCGUGUGCCUUCCUGUUGAGAGGAGGGCGGGGGGGAGCUUUAAUUUAUAGCUGGGUUUUCAGUGGGGUCACAGAUUCCCCCUUGCUUGUUGUGGAUUUGUACAUUGAAACCUGUAAAGACUAAUUAAAAAAAAACAAAACAAAAAA